CGAUCGUUGUGGACGGCUAAGGGACGAGGACGAUUUUCUGUUCUACUGAAAGAAAAAAAAUAAGUUGUGGAAUUUUUCGGGCACCAUGGAAGAAUGGUCGAGCAAAGGGUCCCAGUCAGAUGCUUCCGAUGCGCAAGGAUAUCUGGAUCUUCCUUCAACAUCGACCAACAGGCGCAAUGUUUUUCUGAGUGUGCCGGUAGCUCCAGACUCUCGGUUCUAUGCCAUGAACGGCGAAAAGCGAGGAAAAGUUCUGAUUUUCAAUCAGAUGGGAUUUGAUGACUGGAGGAACUAUACCUAUCGCUUUGGAUCGGAGCAAGAUGUGGCUAAGUUGUAUGAUACAUUACCUAAUUUAGGAUUUCUGGAGGAAGAUAUAUUUUCAUAUCAUGAUUUAACUGCUGAACAGAUUCAAGGGACGGCAAGGAGACUUGCUGUUGAUCCAACAUUGAUAGAUUGUGAUUGUCUCAUAACGGUUAUCCUAACGCAUGGCGAAAACGACGAUUUAGUGAUGGCCAAAGACACCAGUUAUCAUCUUUACGAAUUCAUCGAAAACUUCACUCCUAGCGCACUGCCAAGCAUGGCCGGAAAACCGAAACUGUUCAUCGUUAACGCUUGCAGGGGUGAAUUACUCGAUGAUGGAAGUAGCUUUCUGCAUUUCCGAUCCCGAACGGACCUUCUGGAUACAAGAGGAAAUGUGGAAAUCUUCUCGUAUCCAGAAUUUGCAGAUUUUCUCAUCGUCAUGAGCUCUCAUCACGGGCACUUCUCGUUCCGAAACGAGCAAGGAAGCUGGUUGAUUCAGGAGUUCUGUAAUGUGCUGAACAACUGUCGAGUGGAACAGGAUUCGAUUUACGAUAUUCUCACGGAGACCAAUUUGGCAGUUUCUACGCGCAUUGCCGAUAGUAACGAUAGUGCACUGGUCGGGAAAAAGCAAAUCUCGAGCUUCUAUUCUACGUUGACAAGAAGGUUGUAUUUUGCGAGGAGAUGAGGUAGUUUUUGUGCAUUGAGUUUUGUUUUGAAGUGAAACAAAAUAGUUUGUUGUUCCUUCCAAAGCGUUUAUCAAGUCUC